ACUUCCUGAAAAAUUGAAUUAGCUUCCAUGGGAACAGCGAAAUUAGUUUAUGUAGCCAUUCUGGCGAGUUUGUGCAUUCUUCCUAUUGUGUGUAAUAAGCUUGUAAGUGCAGAGCCAUGGAUGUACGAGGGCGGGCCUUCGUUUGGUCUUGAGAUCGAAUCCCAGGGAGGCCAAAACUGCGAUACAGAGAAGGAAGAGUGUGGGGUUAAUAUGGUUCAGGAGGAAUUUGUCAGGAAGAGGCAAAGGCCUGUGUAUAUUAGUUAUCGUGCUCUGGAAGCAAACAGAGUGAUGUGUCCUCCUCGCUCUGGAAGAUCGUACUAUACGCUUGGCUGUCAUCAUGAGAAAGGAAAAGCUGUGAAUCCAUACUACAGAGCAUGUUCUGUUAUCACUCGUUGCUAUCGAUCGACUCAAUGAAAUCUAUGUAUCUUCAUUUGUCAAACUGUAACAAUCUAAAAUAUUUGAUAGAAUAAGCUUUGUGAAUUUCUUAAGAA